AUGACUGAUUUAACGCAAAAUCCUCAUAUUUUGCCGUUAAAUUACGAUGAUAACGAUCAAAAUAAUGAUGAACCAGUUUCAGACAGCAGUUCCAUUGACUCUGAUAUUGAAAUCAAUGAUUUAUCACAAACAUUAAAUGAUGAUUUUGUUAAAAUUGAUCUGGGGUUAGGCUACAGCAUUAGCGAGGAGAAAGAGAAUGGAUUACCAACGAUUAGGCUCUUGAUCAAGCGAUUUUAA